GUGUAUCUUUAGAAUUACGAAUAUAGUCAUAAAAACAUGGCGCUGUGUUAUACGAGGUUAUUCUGCCGGCGAAGCAUUGAUCCUCGUACUUUUCGAAAUUUAUACACUUGCAGCUCACGAAAUGUCGCUGUUUCAAAACCGCAGCUUAUGUCAAGUCCAGUUUGUGAAUCUCAUGACGAAAAAAAUAUGCGCCUGAAGAGACCUUUGUCACCACAUUUAAGUAUUUAUCAAAUUCAAUUAACAGCAGCUCUUUCGGUUUCACAUCGUACAACAGGCAUUAUACUAUCAAGUUAUGCAAUGUUACUUGGUUUAGGAACUUUACUUAUCCCAGGAGGUAUUCCUUGUCUCAUAGAAAUGACUGCAGAUUUAGGUUUGUCUGCUCCUAUUCUUAUUUUGGGGAAAACUUUACUUGCUCUGCCUGCUACAUAUCAUACAUUUAAUGGACUACGUCACUUGGCUUGGGAUUUGGGAAUGUUCCUCACAAUUAAGGAAGUAUAUAGUACUGGUUAUGCAGUAUCUAUAUUAGCAGCAGUAUCUGCUCUUGCUCUUGCAACAUUAUAAGUUUAGAUAAUUGUU